CUCCCGCUGGGCGCGGGGGGAGCCGAGGCGGCGGCCCCCGCCCGCCGUAACCGCUCCCCAUCCCGCCCGCUGGUGCCGCCCCCAGCAUGGCGACACGGUAGAGGAGCGGCUGCGCCGGGGCGACCGCCCCUCCCGCCUCCUCGGCACGGGCACGGCGCGCCGCGGGUGAGCGAGCGGCCUCGGCGGCGCUGCUGCCGCCGGUGCCCCGCACAGGGCUCAGCGGCGGCGGACGAGGAGGAGGAUGGCGGCGGCGGUCGCGGCGGCGGCGGGCACAGCAGCAGCGGCGGCGGGGCCGAGCGGCCGCGCGGCGGGAGCCAGCACCGUCCCGAGCAGCUCAUGGUGGCGCCCCAGACCCGCCAGCAGCGGCCGCGCCGGGGCCGCCAGCUGAGCCGGAUCCCGGCGGGCGGCUCUCCCCUCUCCACACCGACCCACCGAGCGACCCGUCCCCCUCCCCCGACGCUCCCUCUCCCCCUCCCCGGCGCGACCCGCGCCUCGGAUCGCCCCGCCGGGGCAGGACUGCCACCACUCCCGGGCGCCGCGGGGGAAGGCGGCGGCGGCGAAGGGCACCGGGCAGCGCCAGGCGGCGGCGGGACCAUGGGCGCGAAGCAGAGCAGCCCCACCGCCGCCAAUGGCCGCACCCGGGCGUACUCGGGCGGGGAUCUGCCUUCCUCGAGCAGCAGUAGCAGCGGCGGCGCUAACGGGACCGGCGGGCGCUCGGCAGGCGGCGGCGGGCGCUACGCGCACCUGGCGGCGGCGCCUCACGCCGCUCCCGGCGGCGCGGCGGCCGCGGCGGCCGGAGGAGCGGCGGCGGCGGCGGGGAGUGCCGCGGGGUCGGCACCCCGGAGCAGGUCCUUAGGGGGGGCCACGGCCUCCGGGGCCCGGGCGGCGCAGUCCGCCUUCAACAUCCCCCACAGCAGCGGCCCCUACGGCUCGCAGGACUCGGUCAGCAGCACCCCGGAGGAGGGCGGCCGGGAGCGGCCCGCGGGGGGCGGCGGCGGCGGCGGCGGCUCCUCCGGCGGGCCCCGGCUGGUGAUCGGCUCGCUGCCCGCGCACCUUUCGCCGCACCUGUUCGGAGGAUUCAAGUGCCCUGUAUGUUCAAAAUUUGUAUCUUCUGAUGAAAUGGAUUUACAUCUUGUGAUGUGUUUGACAAAACCAAGGAUAACCUACAAUGAGGAUGUGCUGAGUAAAGAUGCUGGGGAGUGUGCAAUAUGUCUGGAAGAGCUGCAGCAAGGAGAUACUAUAGCACGGCUGCCUUGCCUCUGCAUAUAUCAUAAAGGCUGCAUAGAUGAAUGGUUUGAAGUAAAUAGAUCUUGCCCUGAGCAUCCAUCAGAUUAAGACAAGAUUCAUAUUUUUAGCUGCUUCCACUGAUCAGAAAACAUAGGAGAUGUGAGGUUCUCUUGCUGAACACAGCGUGCCUGGCUUGAGACUUAGUUCUUUGUGGCUGAACAAGGCAAAGAUGGACAGUGACACGGAGAAAGCACUGCAGACACCGUUACUUGACAGUAGUGCUCAGUAUACCAAACACUCAUGCAAAGGACACACAGGGAUUUUGAAAAUGCUGCACAUCCUGUAACAAUCGACUCCCCAGAGACAUUACUGACACUGUUUUGUAUCGAAGGCCAAAGUUCCAAAUUUCAGCCUAACUUCUGGUUCUGUGAAGAAGCGAGUUAUUGGACGUUUCCUACUGCCUCCAGUGGAAGUGGAGACGUUCGAUACGUGCUCUCUGAGACCCUUGCAGGGGAAUGGCCCCAGAUCGGAGUGGGAACGUUUUCACCUUCUCGUUGGCUGAAGAACAGUACAUGGCAAACUAAAUAAAAUCUAACAGUGUGACCUUAAUUUACUGAAUUCACACCCUGUUUUAAGUUCUUCACUUUUUUCAAGAACAGAAAACAUAACCCGCUCUGUGUAGGAAUACUGUAUUUCAAAGUUUUGUAACUAAACCUUUGUCACAAUGCAGUCCAAAGAGUAAAACCAAGACAGGUAACUAA